AUUAUAUAGUAACAGACUAGUAGAGUUCAGUAGUCACUAUGGCCCGUACCAAGCAGACCGCCCGCAAAUCUACUGGAGGGAAGGCUCCCCGCAAGCAGUUGGCCACCAAGGCUGCCAGGAAGAGCGCCCCAGCCACCGGCGGAGUCAAGAAGCCUCAUCGCUAUCGGCCCGGGACAGUGGCUCUCAGGGAGAUCCGACGCUAUCAGAAAUCCACCGAGCUCCUCAUCCGCAAGCUGCCCUUCCAGCGCCUGGUCCGUGAGAUCGCCCAGGACUUCAAGACCGAUCUGCGCUUCCAGAGCUCUGCGGUCAUGGCGCUGCAGGAGGCCAGCGAGGCUUAUCUAGUGGGGCUCUUCGAAGACACCAACUUGUGUGCUAUCCACGCCAAGAGAGUCACCAUCAUGCCCAAGGACAUCCAGCUGGCCCGCAGGAUCCGCGGGGAGAGAAUUUACAGAGUAUUAGUAAACAUGUCAGGACGAGGCAAACAAGGUGGUAAAGUCCGUGCUAAGGCCAAGACUCGCUCAUCUAGAGCCGGUCUGCAGUUUCCAGUUGGUCGUGUGCACAGACUGCUUCGAAAGGGGAACUACGCUGAGCGUGUGGGAGCCGGUGCUCCUGUCUAUUUGGCUGCAGUGCUCGAGUACCUCACCGCUGAGAUCCUGGAGUUGGCCGGUAACGCUGCCAGGGAUAAUAAGAAGACCCGCAUCAUCCCCCGGCACCUGCAGCUCGCUGUGAGGAACGACGAGGAGCUCAACAAGCUACUCGGUGGUGUCACUAUUGCUCAGGGCGGUGUUCUGCCCAACAUCCAGGCUGUGCUCCUGCCCAAGAAAACGGAGAGCAGCAAACCGGCCAAGGCCAAAGAAAACGAUAUAGUGAAUCAAAACAAUAUACCUCAGACUGAAUCAUUGUUGCACUUUUCCAAAAGUUCAGUAGUCACUAUGGCCCGUACCAAGCAGACCGCCCGCAAAUCUACUGGAGGGAAGGCUCCCCGCAAGCAGUUGGCCACCAAGGCUGCCAGGAAGAGCGCCCCAGCCACCGGCGGAGUCAAGAAGCCUCAUCGCUAUCGGCCCGGGACAGUGGCUCUCAGGGAGAUCCGACGCUAUCAGAAAUCCACCGAGCUCCUCAUCCGCAAGCUGCCCUUCCAGCGCCUGGUCCGUGAGAUCGCCCAGGACUUCAAGACCGAUCUGCGCUUCCAGAGCUCUGCGGUCAUGGCGCUGCAGGAGGCCAGCGAGGCUUAUCUAGUGGGGCUCUUCGAAGACACCAACUUGUGUGCUAUCCACGCCAAGAGAGUCACCAUCAUGCCCAAGGACAUCCAGCUGGCCCGCAGGAUCCGCGGGGAGAGAGCUUAGACCCACCGCACACCCCAAUAUUCACCCAAAGGCUCUUUUAAGAG